UAUUCCGCAAACAUUUUAUCCUCAGUAGGGUUUUUCCGAACCCCAAAAUAGGAGUAUAACACGUCAAUCCUGUCUGGCCUAGCUUACGUGGCAAUCGAGGAGAUAAACUUUAUUCGGUGAAUCGAGCGAGUCGGAUAUAUUGAACAUGUCUUUUAAGAAUGAAGUCCUGGAGACGUAUUUCCGCAACCAUGUCCAAAUGAAAUGCGAUGAAACAAAAAAAUCGGUGGGAAUUGUUAUGCCAGUCAUUGAUAAAAUUUUGAGGGAAAUCAAGAAAAAGGACUCCCGUUUCACUGUGCAGCCUGUCUAUGCUGGAAGUCAUUGGCAAAAUCUUAAGGUUGAAAGAGCUGAUGAGUUUGAUGUUAGCGUCAUCCUGUCCCUGCCAGAAACGUCUUCGCGAUGCAGCGACCCUCUGCGAUGCUUUGGAUUCGAUCGCGAUGUCGAUGACCCGCUGAAAAGCAUCCCCUACGAUUUGCAAAUAAUCAGGGGACCCAGAAGCCUUCCAAGUCCACCACCAGGAUAUUGUUGUUGGAAGCUGCAAGAGAAUGAAAGCCCGCCCAUGCCAAGUUGGAGUAACUUGACAAACAUGACCUUUGACGGUUACCUCGUCCCAUUUUUGGUCAAAAAGCAAUUUCAUGGGCUUCUAAACGAAGCGAUUCGUGAUUUGAAUUUGCAAAAGACCGUGAGCAUGAGAGGACGAGUAAAUGGACCGGCGCUUACAAUCCGUAUUGCACAGCAGGGCCAUUUCUGUAUUGACGUAGAUUUCUCGGUGAUAACCGAAGCGUUUCUACCUUUCCCAUCAGAAAUACAGUGGCCCCAUCGCAAUGCAAAGUGGCCCUCCCUAGAAAAGGUAGUAGACAUCCGCGGGACUGGAGUGCAGACAGUUGCGAAGAAAAACUUCGAUUGGAUAAUUUCCUUCCUGAAAGCAGAAAAGAAACUGAUAGAAAACAUCGACAGUGACGGUGGAUGUCGUAAGAAGUCCCACCGCAUCAUGAAGAAACUUAAUGAAGAUGUGUGGUGUGAUACGACCAGCCGUGUUAUCACAUCCUACUGUCUUAAGAAUAUCUUAUUCUGGGAGUGUGAAGACAGCCCUUACAGUGAAGACUGGUCAGUUGACAAACUAAGUGUCCGCGUCACUAGCAUGAUAGAACGUGUGAAAAAGGCAGCACAAGCUCGCAGUCUACCUAUGUACUUUAACCCUGCAGUCAACCUUCUUCAGGACAAAGACUGCAGAGAACUGGACAUAGCGGUCAAGAAAAUCAGCGAUUUUAUGAAGUGUCCAGACAAGUCUUUUAUGAAAAGAGGGGUGCUUCCUAUUUCAAAAUAAUAUCAUUCUUAACUUGUAAAGCACGGACGAAGGCGACGAGGUUUCUAAGACUUCUAGAUUAUUCUUUGAAAUGUGUGCCAAUGUUUUAAAAAAUGAAAAUUCGAAAUAAUAAUCACUACGAUAAAUGAAUAAAUAAUAAAAUAAUAACUUCAAGAAAGAAUUACUGCCAGAAAAAUUCAAGCAGGGUAGUUUUUAUACGAAAGUGCAUGGUGGUGAAGGCGACGCCAAAUGCAGGUGAUGGUAUAAUGGUUAAGGGUUUCGAACUAUACCUGCAUUUGUCUUAAAUAUCAUUCUUGUAAGUUUUACAAAAUUAAGACAGUUUUCUUAUAAAUGUUAACAAGGAAGGUACACGACGACGUCAGAUGCAAGUUAUGUUAAAAGUCUGCUUAAAGAAAAAAUAAACACCAACACUUCAUUGUA